UGAAAACGAAUUGACGAAGAAGCAAAGUUGCAAGAUUAGGAGUUUUGUGUUUUUUUACGUGCGUAUCGUUCUGUUGUCGUUUUAAGUUAAGCUUUGUUGUGACUUCCGAUAGAUAUUGGCGAAUGUAUUUGGCACAUUAAUUGUUUCGUUUUCGAAUUACGUCUAGCCAGCGUAGUCAAUCCGUUUUGUCGGCAUCGUGCCGUGCGAUCCGCGUCAGCAAAGGCAUCUAUUCGCACGGUGUUUUAUCCUAGUAAACAUUGCUUUGUGGUCAGCGUACGACUUAGAUUCGCAAAUCUACGGUACGGUAUCGAUCUGUUUUCGGUUAUAGUAAAACAAACAAUUGGUCUCUUUAGAACUUGUUUGUACGUUAACGUUGUGCUUGUGUGUCGUUUGAUCGUGCGUAUGUGAGGUUCGGUGCAACACUCUUUUGUUUACAAUUGUAACCAAGGCCCUUUUCGGAGGAGAAAACGUAUGGAAAACCAAGAUUGUCAAGCAAACGUUGCUAGAUUGUGUUUUUUGAAAACUAAAGCAACAAAGUGAGGAACAGUGUUGACCUCCCUGAAACAGGUGCCAACAAUGAUCAGUGCCGUGUGUUUGUGAAUGGGGUGUGUUUACCGUUUCCAUUUAUAAAAUCCAGCUCCAUAAAAAGCCGCACACGUCAGUCAGUCAAUCCAUCAAAGGCGGUGUCCGAAAAACAAAAGCCUACUAACGACUUGAUCUGCUGCAGUUCCAAGUGCAGUUAGUUGCGCCUUGCGUGUGCCUAGAUUGUCUACGUUAUUUGUUCGCUGACCACCACCUGUUGUUGAACGCAUUUCUUGAGGGAGGAAACAGUUCUCUCGUUCUCGUUCGAUCGACAUCGGCCACAGGAAGUAGUAUCAUCUCGCAUCGGGCUGGAAAUUGGAGCAGCUGAGAAGAACGUCAGAAUUUGCUUCGGUCAAGACAUCGCAGAAGAAACACACACACAUAGACCUAAAAGUGCCUCGAACUCCUAAGGAUUAGCGGAGGAAAACAGAAUACCACCUGUUUUGGACACCAAUUGUUGUGGCUACAACACGAAUCAGUUGCUUAGUAUUUCGUAUCCAUAACCAAUGUUGCGGUUUUAGCGAGCUUAAAGAAUAUUUAUCGAAAGUGCAAUCACAUUGUGGACGUAAAGCUGAAUUCUAGGACAUAUUCAAUCGUAAAAGGGUAAAUUAUCAUUCCUCAUAAUGCCGAUCCAGAUUGCGAACGAAAGUAACAACAGUGGCGGUGGGGGAGGUGGUGGCCACGAGAUAAAGGUGAAGAUCGCGUACAGCGGCGAAGUGAUGAUCACCUACAUCGACGAGAGCAUUUCGUACGAAGGGCUGUGUCGAGAAAUGCGGGAAAUUUGUCGCUUUUCCCCGGAUCAGGUAUUCACCAUGAAAUGGGUGGAUGAGGAAAACGAUCCGUGCACCAUCCAAUCGGACAUCGAGCUGGACGAAGCAAUCCGCUUGUACGAGGUGAACCGCGACUCGGAGCUGGUCAUUCACGUAUUUCCAAAUGUGCCGUCUGCUCCAGGACUAUCCUGUGUCGGUGAAGACCGAAGCAUCUAUCGAAGGGGAGCUAGAAGAUGGCGCAAGCUGUACCGGAUAAAUGGACACAUCUUCCAAGCGAAGCGAUUCAAUCGAAAAGCCUUCUGCGCCUUCUGCCACGACCGCAUCUGGGGUCUGGGCCGGCAGGGAUUCAAGUGCAUCCAGUGCAAGCUGCUGGUACACAAAAAGUGCCACAAGCUUGGCAAUAAACCGUGCAGCAACGAGCAUGUCGAACCGGUCUUCAAGGAGCGUGAUCAUCAUGAUCCAAACGAUGAGUCCAGCACCGGUGAUGUCAUGCAGGCUCCGUUGGACUAUCCGUCCGAGCUGCAUCCAGGCGAUGGCAGCGAUCAGGUUCCGGUCGAGGUGAACGAAAACGUCGAGGAUCCGCUGGAACCGGUCUCCCAGCGGCAGUACUCGUUGAACGAUUUCGAAUUGAUCCGAGUUAUCGGCCGAGGCAGCUACGCAAAGGUCCUGAUGGUGGAGCUGAAGAAAACGCGGCGCAUUUACGCGAUGAAGGUGAUCAAGAAGGCGCUCGUCACCGAUGACGAGGACAUCGAUUGGGUGCAGACGGAAAAGCAUGUCUUCGAAACAGCCUCGAACCAUCCGUUCCUGGUGGGGUUGCACUCGUGCUUCCAGACACCUUCGCGACUGUUCUUCGUGAUUGAGUUCGUCCGUGGCGGUGAUCUGAUGUUCCACAUGCAACGGCAGCGCCGCCUGCCCGAAGAGCACGCCCGGUUCUACGCGGCGGAGAUCAGUCUCGCGCUGAACUUCCUGCACGAGAAGGGCAUCAUCUAUCGCGAUCUGAAGCUGGACAACGUGCUGCUCGAUCACGAGGGCCACAUAAAGCUUACCGAUUACGGCAUGUGCAAGGAAGGCAUCAGACCUGGUGACACCACGUCCACGUUCUGCGGCACGCCAAACUACAUCGCACCGGAGAUACUGAGGGGGGAGGACUACGGGUUCUCCGUCGAUUGGUGGGCGCUUGGUGUGCUUCUGUACGAGAUGUUGGCUGGACGUAGUCCGUUCGAUAUUGCUGGCGCUUCCGAGAACCCGGAUCAGAACACCGAGGACUAUCUGUUCCAGGUGAUCCUCGAAAAGACGAUUCGUAUUCCACGCUCACUGAGCGUGAAGGCCGCUUCCGUGCUGAAAGGUUUCCUCAACAAGAAUCCGGCUGACCGUUUGGGCUGCAAUCGCGAUUCCGCCUUCAUGGAUAUCGUUAAUCAUUCGUUCUUCAAGAGCAUCGACUGGGAGAUGCUUGCCCAAAAGGAAGUCGCCCCGCCGUACAUCCCGGCGUUCGAUGGAUGCGAUCAGGACAUCACCUGUCACUUCGAUCCGCAGUUUACGCGCGAACCGGCCGAGCUGACACCGGACGAUCCCUUGAGCAAAAGCAAAUCACGCCACCGUUCCGGCCACGGCUUGACUCCGAUCGCGAUCUGGCCAACUUCCCACCGGAGUUCACCGACGAACCGGUUCACCUUACGCCGGACGAUGACCGAGUCAUUGACAAGAUAGACCAGUCCGAGUUCGAAGGAUUCGAGUAUGUGAACCCACUGCUGAUGUCGUUGGAAGACUGCGUUUGACAUCACGCAUCUUGUGAGUUGCAUCCGUAUAAUAUGCAGUUAUACGGUGACGAUUCGAGCGAUUACGAUUCCGUUGUGGAUGAGCUAAGCAUUCUUCAAUUACCUCCACCACCAUCUAAGAGUCUACUGCAGCACAUGUUUUGCCUUCCGUUAAACUAGUCGUAAAUGAAUAGGUCCGCCGCCACCGCCGGAAUCUCAUGGUUCGCGAUCUACCCGAGUGAGAUUAAGAGAAUAGAAAACCCAAGCUUAUGCGACCCAAGUGUACGAACAACGGGGCACACUACAUUUUAGUUGCCACCGGGGAGUGACUUGACUCCCAUUUCGUUCGUGUAUUGCCGGGAGCUGCACACCAAAUUUACUCCGGUUUUCUGCCUGUCUACGAUUAUCUUAAGUCCUCCCUUGGACGCUUGCGGCCUUCGAGUACUCCUUCAGAAGCAAUGUAAUAGAGUGGACGGCUUUCAAGAAAAGCGAUGGCGGCGGCACGACUCUCGCAUUCGACGGUUCAACGAAACCUUCUAAUAGUUAUGAGAUAGAUCCGGCCACAUUGCAACAAUAUGAUUCACAUAGAAAUUAAAUGGAACCAUAACAAUGACGCUUAGAGGAGAAAAGUCUACAUCCUCUUACUCUUACUCUCUCUUUCUCUCUAGCAUUCACUUACUUCCGGACUCAUUUUGAGUGCAGUACAGUAAACUUCGGUAGCUAAUCGGUUUUUGCAGCGUAUUAAAUUCUACUAUAUCCUUAUGCAAUGUAGAAAAUCAAAAUACACAAAUAUAAAUCCGUGGCAAAAAAAAAUGCGUUGCUGCCUUCCCGGGCAAUGUUCAAAUGAGAUCGUGGGCAUAAAACUUUAAACUAGAAAGUACACUAAUCGAAGCAUAUAACAUGAACCUAUCACAAGUGAAAUGAAAAGAUCAAAGAAGAAAAAAGAGUUUCAAAAGCUAGAAGAAUCAACUAAACCUUUAAAAAACUGUCACUGACUGUAGCGCAAUAGAGCUAUAGAUGAAAACAACAAAACAAAAAAGUUUGAGAAGUCGAUUAUCAUUCAAACUGCAAGAAUGAUGAAUAACCCUAUUAUUUUUAUUUUCCUCUACGAACACUAACCAUAUUAGAGAACAAACAAUUCCAAAUACAUUAAAAUAUGACCUAGUUAAAAGAAAAUCGAAUCAGAAGCAUGUUAUAAAGAAACAAAAAGUUACACACAAUUGCACAGUAUCGUUAACAAAUUAGUAGAAAGAAUGGUAAUCAUACCGCAGCUAAUCGUUCGGGCUGAAAGCGAGGUGAUUGAACAAAGUAAAUGUGCGAAGAGUGAGUAAAGAGGGAAAGAUGCAAAGUGUAGCUUAAAACGCCGAUAUAAAUAGGAUCACUAUUGAACAGAGAUAGCAAGAGAGCUAAACAAAAGCAUUGACUACUGAAACGUGCAAGGGAGAGACAUUGGUGGAACAUGGUUUAGGUAACAAAUUUAAUAUUAAGAAUAAUUGCAAACGAAGAUCAGCACUAACAGCUAGCAAAAGUGAUUCUAUUCACGCAACGAGAUAACACAGAUACGGAAAGGAAUACAAAUGAAAUCAACACAAAAAGGGAACGGGAAACUGAUAAACAAAUCGAUGCGUGUGGGAUGUUUUGAGCAUUUUAAAUAUUUUAGAGAUAGAGCAGACACAAAGCAAGCGCAAAGAAAAACAUAGAAAAAAUUAAUAAGAAUCACAAACAAUGUUGCACGAAAUUGAGCAAUUUGAGCAAACAGUCGUCAGUUUACUAUGUCGAAUGGCAGUAUUUGGAGGACAUUGUAGGUAAAACGUUAUAACUCUUUAACGAAAAAUGGUAUUAUUACGAUUGUGAUUGUGGACCGUUCGUAUUGAGAUAAUCGUCUGGCGUAGUAGAAUUUUGUACAUGAGUUCAGGAACUAUUAUAAUGAAACUAUGGAAGAUUAUCCAACAACCAACAAACAAAACCAACUUAUGGAGCGCACUGCAAACAAGAAAACUGUACUGGUUAAAAGAAGCAUAUAGAAGAAAAAAAAAAUGGGCACGACAUUCCUCGACAUUUUUGUUCGGCCUCGGGUUGCUCACAUGGUGGAUUCCGUCGGUCAUCGUUUUUCCGCGCCAGCAUUAAAAUGUGACUGUUUUCUAA